UUUUUUUUUAUAUACAUAUGACGACUUGCGGUAUUCCCGUUUGGUUGGAUUGUGAUCCAGGCCAUGAUGAUGCUAUGGCAAUGAUUCUUGCAGGCUACAAUCCAAAAUUGAGGUUACUAGGCAUCUCUACUUGUCAUGGUAAUCAAGUUCAUGAAAGUACAACUCGCAAUGCUGCUCUAAUUUUGAAGGCAGCAGGUAUGGAUCAUUUAAAAGUGAUUCCUGGUCAGUCAAAGCCAUUGAUGCGUGCAUCUAUAAUUAGUCCGGAGAUUCAUGGAGAAAGUGGUUUGGACGGCACAUUUGUAUUUCCAGCGUAUGAUCCAUCGUUAGUGCAAAGUGAUGAAAAAGCUGUGCUUUACUUGGCAAGGUUAAUUCAAGGAAUGGAUGAACCGAUCACAUUGAUAGCUACUGGUCCAUUAACGAACUAUGCUUUGUUGUUGACACUUUAUCCUGAAUUACAUUCGAAAAUCAAACAAAUUCUUUUUAUGGGUGGAGCCAUUUCUUCAGGCAAUCGAACGCCAUGUAGUGAAUUUAAUGUUCUGGCUGAUCCAGAGUCCACAUGGAUAGUUGUGCAAUCAGACAUUCCAGUGACAAUGGUACCAUUAGAAGUCACUCAUAAAGCCCUCUUAACAGAUCAAAUCAUUGGAGAGUUAUGUGAUCGAUUACAUCGAUCAAAAUUUUGUCAAUUGGUGUUGGAGUUAUUAUUAUUUUUCAAACAGACCUAUGAAAAAGUGUUUGCCUUUCAUGAUGGUCCACCACUCCAUGACCCAUGUGCGGUGGCUAUCCUGAUUGAUCCAUCUCUGUUUACUAUAAAGUCGAUGGGAGUCAAAGUCAUCACUGAUGAUGGACCCUGUUUAGGUCAAACCGUGUGUGAUAUCUACAAUACAACUGAUUAUCCCAAAAUUAAUGUUGCCAUGGAUAUCAACCCGCCUGCUUUUAUGAGUCUCCUUCUUGAUGCUUUAGAAAAAGCUAAUGUUCAAUCCCCUAUGAAUAUCUCCCAAUGACAUUUAUCAAUAAAACUGUUUUUUAUCAUCAUC